AUGACUAGUACUAUACAAGAACCCAGAGAAGGUGUGAAGUUAAUUAUGAAGAAUUUUGUAUUCAUUAAUAAAGAUACGAAAAUUGAAAAUAAAUUCUACGAAAGGUUGAAAAGAAAUAAUGGUUCUAAGACCGUAGCAAAACUUCUUGACUUCUCCUCGAAACAAGCAGCAAUAGAAGCUAACAGGUUAAUAAAUGAACAUACAAACCUUUCUAAUGUUCUAAAUGAAAAUUACUUUGAGAGGUCAAAAAUUAUACUGACGAAUAUAAUUUCAUUCAAAGGUUUUUGGUCGUCAGCGUUUAACGAAAGUGAUACAACAGUAGAGCCAUUUUAUGAUGAAUACGGUAAAGAAAUUGGUACAGUUAAUAUGAUGAAUCAGAAAUAUCCGUUUCCAUAUUCUAAUAUGUAUGAGAUGAAUUCCAUGGUUUUAGAAAUGCCUUAUGGAGACGAUCAAAAAUAUUGCAUGUUAAUACUCUUGCCUCACCCAUCCGUAACUGUGCAAGAAGUUUAUGGGAGCUUUCAAAACGUAUCAUUCAGGGAUAUUUUCGCAAGACUCAAGAGCGACGAAGAAGAAUUUGAUUUAACUGAAGUCGACGUUAAGAUACCGAGGUUCAAAAUAGACACAAACGUUGUCAUAAACGAAGCAUUGAACAGUAUGGGAGUGCAUGAUAUAUUCGAACCAGGUCUCGCUAACUUCAAGAGGAUGACUAAAGAAAAUAUUUACAUCUCCUCCGUUAUACAUAAAGCACAUAUAGAAGUCACAGAGUCUGGCACUGUGGCAUCUGCUUCAUCUACAUCGAUUUUCGAAGAUCGUAUACUUUCACCUAAAUUUAUUGCCAACAAGCCUUUCAUUUUCUUAAUAAUGGAAAAACCGACAGCAACUGUCCUAUUCAGUGGUAUAUAUUCUAAGCCAAUAAUAUUUUAA